AUUUAAAACUCGUAGAAAAAAUUAAAAAAAAGAAACACACACAUAAAUAUAACAAAAAAUAUUACUCUAUAAAUGCAAUUAUAUAAUAUGGAUUGUACUGGCCGCCGUUCAAAUAAAAAUGAACAUGAUUCGGAUUUAGGUGACGAUUUGUCUCGCGACGCUCCUUCUGAUGAGGAAAUGCGUGAUUGUGAUUCGAUCGAUGGUGAUCAUCAUCAUGUAAUUCGUGCAACGCGUUUAAAUGUCGCAUCUUUGAGACGUAACCACAGCCACAGCAACAACAACAACAACAACAACAAAAAUACUAAUAAUAAUAAUAACAAUAACAAUAUUGGCGGUGGUGAUAUGAGUUUUGGUGGCAACGCCGGCAGUGCAAGUAUCGGUGUUGGCAGUGGUAUGGGUGUGCGUAGUCCCGAUCGUCACGCUGAUCUUCAAAUGAGUCAUCAUCAUCAGUUUCCUUCGAAUCAUCCGCUAAAUGCGCUCGGUAAUUUCAUGGGCAUUGGCGGUCUACAUGGCAUUCCAAAUCUACAACACAAUGAUGUGUUAGAGAAGCUAAAGAUGCAAGUUCGUGAUAUGAAAGUGGGUCUAAUGUCAUUUAAUUUCCUAUGCACACCCAUCAAUCGUUUACCAAUAAUGGCGAAAUCCGUUUUAGAUUUAUAUGAAUUAUAUAAUUUGGUCAUAGCACGUGGCGGUCUAGUUGAUGUUAUCAAUAAGAAAUUAUGGCAGGAAAUCAUAAAAGGACUACAUUUACCAUCGAGCAUAACGAGCGCUGCAUUCACGCUGAGAACACAGUAUAUGAAAUAUCUCUAUCCCUACGAAUGCGAUAAGAAAAAUUUGAGUACACCCUCCGAACUACAGGCCGCCAUCGACGGUAAUCGCCGCGAAGGCCGCCGCUCCAGCUAUGGCCAAUACGAGGCAAUGCAUAGUCAAAUGCAAAUGCCACAAAUCGGCCGUCAAACGCUGCCGCAAGGCAUUCAACAAAUGUCACCGUUGGCGCUUGUCACACACGCCGCCAACAAUCAGCAGGCGCAAGCAGCGGCCGCCGCUGCUGCCGCACACCAUAGACUGAUGGCGCCCACCUUCGGCCAAAUGCCGAAUUUGGUGACGCACGAGUUCGAACAGCGUAUGAUGGAAUACCUAAAACUGAUACAGGUGAAGAAGGAGCAACAGAGUAGCGUUGCCGCGGCUGCAGUAGCGGCGGCGGCGGCCGCUGGCGGCAAUGUUGCCGGAGUUGGAGUAGGCGAGGCUGCUGCGGCAGCGAUGGCCGCGGGGCGUGUAGGUGCAGGUGCAGCUUCUGCUGGUGUUGGGGGUGGUGGUGGUGGUGGUGGCAGCGCCGGACACAUAAAGCCGCAACGCCAGCGUUCACAGAGCCCAGAGAUGAGUACGCGCGAGGCGAUGAAUGCAUUGGAGAUGUCACGUGUAGCCUUUUGGCAAAUGUAUCACAACAACACCAGCCCGCCAGCGUCGAUGAAUGCCUCGCCCCAGGGAAGUGCUUUAGGUGCCGCAAGCAUUGGCGGUGGUGGCGUCAGCGGCGGUGUUGCACUUGGCGUAGCGGGUCUGAGCGAACAGCACAGCGAGGCUUUGAAUCUUUCCGACUCACCGCCCAAUCUCACCAACAUAAAACGGGAACGUGAACGCGAACAAACACCGGAUGCUUGCGACCGCGACGAUUUCCAACAUCAACCACCGCCAGCGAAACGUGGCGUUGGUGGUGCGUCAGCUCUCAGCUUUCCAACCAGCUUUUAUCUACCGCCUGGCAUGGCAGCAGCAGCAGCAGCGGCAGCGGCCAAUUUUCAUCAACACAACAGCAACAAUCUGCCACAGGACUCGGAUGGUGAGGAUAACGAUGAGGAUGGCAGCGAUGCACAUAACAUGACUGGCAACUCAUUGACACAUACGGGCGCAGGCGGUGACGGUGACGGCGGCGACGGCGACGGCGACGAGAACGAUCGGUCGGCAUCAAUGAAUGGCCAUCACCACCACCACCCGCAGCAUCAUCGCCAUCAGCAUUUGCCACACAAUUUGCACCUGCCGCAUCAUCAACAUCUCGGCAACAGUUCGAGCGGUAAUCACGAUAAGUCUGAUGACUCGGCCAUCGAGAAUUCGCCUUCGACUAGUGCGGCGUCCGCAGGUGGUGGCGGUGGCGGUAGUGGUGAUGGUGGUGCUGGCAGCGGCAAUGGCAUUGUUGGCGUGAGCAGUGGACACAUCUCUCCGAUAUCCACAAAGAAGAUACAUCUUUCUAAACAGCAUAACAAUAAUGGUGCCACUUCAGCGAUGGACUGCAGCGGCAGUGGUACGGGUGGGCAGUCUAGAAGCCCAGAUUUGGGUGGUGUAGAAGAUGCUCUCAACCUGCUAUCGGGCAUGCAAUUCCGCGUUAUGCGAAAUGGCACUAGCGCCAAUGGUGAACCACAAUUGGUCGUCAAUCUCGAAUUAAACGGCAUAAAAUAUUCGGGUCUAUUAAUAGCCAAUACAACCGGUAACAGUUCCAGUAACAUCUCACCCGCGGACCUAAGCCAGAAUAAAACGGAACUCUUAGACAGCAAUAAUAUGACAGAUACGACGGAGGAAGCCAAAGAUGUGAGCGGGGGUGGUAUAAGUGGCGCAGAUGCUGAUAUCGAAGAUGAAGACAUUGCCGAUGCAGCCAGUACAACGAGUACCGAAGAAACGCCGACAAAGGUGAUGAAAAGUGGGGGCGCUGCAGUUGGAGCUAAUAGCAAUGGACCCUUAAGCGAUGGUGGCGUUUUACAAGAUGCGCUUAUGACAACGUCAUAAGCCAAGGCAAAGGAGAAGGAGGGAAAAUGUGAAAAAGGAAAAAUAUUUACAGGAAACUAUUUGAACGUAAGGUUGCUGCCGCAACAGUGAGCCAGAGGGUAACAGCAAAGUGGACAGCUACAAAACUUCGAGAAGUGUAGGAAGAAAGAGUUCAAACCUUUGCUAUGAUAACUACUUAUAGAAAAUAAGCAUACCGAAAUAUGACUGGAAUAAAGAAAAUCCUAGAAUAAUAUAAAAUGAAAAUGUUCCACAGCUCACGCUGAAUUGUACAUAGAAUAAGACAACAAAUAAGCAGUAAAUAAGAUCUACUCCACCAUGUGCGACGCAGAUCGUUCUUUAGUAAAAAUUUCUUUCGAUGCUUACGGCAUUGCUUUAAUAAUAAAUAACUUUCAAAUCUCUACACGCGACGAAGUAAAUGCACCAGGCUAUUAAGGAGCAUUUCAAAUUCCGAACGAUUUCAAGGACCGAACUCAGAACACCGAUUUAUACGCCUACAGCAGAAACAAUAUUAACAUCGGAGGCUACAGAAGUAAUCGUAGCUUGCAUUUCCUAAUCAGUCUCUGCGUUUAAAACCAUUUCAAAGCCUUUUUAAAUUUUUAAAGCGAACUUAAGCGAAUGGAAGGAAGCUACAGGGCAAAAAUGUCGUAUUCAGUAUUUCUAAGUGGUAGUGCUUCCGAAUUAGAAAUAUUUAUAAAAAAUGGUGGUUUAAAAUAAUUGUGAAAGCAGGAAAAAUGCACAAUACUGAAGGAGAAGAAAAUCUUCGGAACCCAGCUCUAAAUGAAGAAUAGAAAUCGCGCAUAUUUGCAAGUAAACUAAAAAUACCAAAGCAUACAAUUGAUUUAACAUAGAAAUGUACAUACAUACAUACAUACCUACAUACAUAAUUUUAAUUAAAGUGUUAUUUUUCUGUAAGAAAACUACUGAAAAACUAAGCGCAGCUGCAUUUGUAAUAGCUUCACUUAAGCGAGUAUUUUAACUUUAAAUAUAUCUGCUAUUAAUUUCGGUUAUAAACUUAAAUAUAGAUAUAUAAACACACACAUAUGUAUGCAUAUGACGAAUUUGUCAACAAAAAAAAAAUAUUUGCCUAAACUUAGUUUAUAUAUGGAAAUCCUGAAUGCUUAUAAAAACUAAUUUAUACAUACAUAUAAGCAUAUAAUUUUUUGUUCUUUGUCAGUAAUUUGGAAAGAUUUUGUUUCUUGUAAAAAGAUUUGUAGGCUACCUAUUUUUAAAAUGUAGUUUUUAUAUGCAUGUAGAUGAAUAACAUAAGUGAAUUUAUUUAAAAUAGCUUAAGUACUAAGCUUUAGGUUAAAGCUUAAAAUUAAGUUUAGUAGAUAAUGUACGAUAAGAAAAAUCCGGAUUGUAACUGUUAAACUGUGUCACAUACCUACAUACAUGUACCGCAUACAUUUAAAUAAUUAUCGCGCCGAAAGUUAUUGACUUAUUUUAUUAGAUGCCUAAAAUAAAAUUCAAUAAAAAAAUAUCUACUUAAAAAAAAACUUGCUGUAUGAUGCAUUUCUCGCUCUAAUUUAUAUUGGGUUCCUUUUAGCAGGUUGGAAUUGUUUUAGAUUGAUAUUGUUUGUUUUAUUCACCGCGCGCUUUUAUUACAGCAAUCGCUUUAACUAAGCUUUUCAAGUACUUUGUUCAAUUAAAUAGCUUUGACUUAGUAUUUAAAUAGCUUUGUUCAACUCAACAGCUUUCACAAAGUUUUUCGUGAGCUUUCCUACGAUU